AUGCGACCCUAUCAACAUCCAUUUUAUCCUAAAGCCUUUCAUCGGCUCGAAAAUCCCAAUCGGCAUAUUCAUACCCAUACAGGGGGGAAAGAGUAUAUAUGCCAGCAUCCUCACUGUAACAAGCGUUUUUCCCAGAAUGAUGAGCUCAUACAGCAUUUCAACUCUCAC